GCCGGGCCGGGCUGGUACUUGCGGCGCCCAGGCCGCCGGGGCGCGCUCCGUAGGCUCCUGUCAGCGGCGAGUGUGGCCGAUCCCAGGGCGGCCCUCGGGCGGCGAUCGCUGCCUCCGGCUUCGUGGCUUGGCCCCUCCGGCGGCCGUCCCGGGCGGCAGGAGUUGGCGGCGGGAUGUGCUCGGCCGGGGAGCUGCUUGGCGGCGGCGGCAGCGGCGGCGGCGGAGAGCGCGACGAGGACGGGGACGCGCUGGCGGAGCGGGCGGCGGCGGGGACCGAGCCGGAUCCCGGGGCGAGCCCGCGGCGGCGCGACCGGCGGCCGCAGGAGGAGCAAGAGCAGGAUAUUGAAGAAUCACAAAACCCCACUGGCGAGCCUGUUGGAGAUGACUACAAAAAGAUGGGAACACUUUUUGGUGAACUGAACAAAAACCUCAUCAACAUGGGCUUUACAAGGAUGUAUUUUGGAGACCAAAUUGUAGAACCAGUAAUAGUCAUUUUCUUUUGGCUUAUGCUGUGGUUCCUUGGCCUACCAGCCCUUGGACUAGUUGCUAUUCUUUGCCUUGUCAUUAUUUAUGUGCAACAGUAAAAUAUGGCCGAAUGAACUACUGACAUUUGGCAGCCAUAUAUAUAAUUAGUGAAGUUAUGUAUUUCACCACAUAAAGGCUGAAAAUUUUGCCUUGUUUCAAAUUGUGUGCUGUUUUGUAAUUAAAUUUAUAAGUUGAUGUUGUUAUAAAAUUAAACUCAACUUGAUUAUAACAGGGUUGAAUAUAUAUUUUGUAGCUUAUUCAUAACUCUUGUUUAACUACUGUGAUCUGUGCCCACUUUUAAACACUCCUAUUCCCAUGCCAAAUCUUGAAUAACACCAAAAAGUGAGCAGGGAAUGUUCCCCUGUUCACUCUUCUAAAUGUUCUAAAACAUUUUAGAAGAAAAAGGAUGAAACAAGCAGCUAAAAAUAAGUUGUAAUUGGAGAACUGCUCCCCACCUACCCCCACCAAAUAAACUCAUAUUAUCUGGGAAAUAAUUUGAACUUUCAUUGUCCCUGCUUAGCCCAAACCAAUAUAAAUGAUAACUUCUAUAUACUAACUUAAUAUUUUGAUGAAAAUCAGUAAAGCUAGCACAUUUUCUAAAGAUUGAAAAGAAAUAUAUUUAUUAUUGCUGGGGAAACUUCCCAAGUUAAAUGUAACUUUUUUAUAAUGUAAUAUUUGGGCUUAGAAUCACUUCAGUAUGUCAUUUGGAGUUUUAGACAGUUUUGGUGCUAAUUACUUUUUGUGAAUUUUUAAAGUCUCAUAAGCCAGGUUCAUAGUUGGCUGUACCCCAUGGUAAUGAAUAUUUUCUUGUAUCUAACCAGUUGUGUAUUUUUUUCCUAGAGAGGCAUUUUCAGUGUAUUUUUUUCAGAAAUUUAUAUUUUUUAGUUCUUUUAUAGCAAUUAUUCUAAGAUUUUAAAAAUCUAUUUCCUAUCUUGACAUGGAUAUUUUUCCCCCCAAAAUUGAUUUGUAUUAUGGCUGAAAUUAUUUACUAUUUCUUUAAAAAAAAAUCAUCUCAUUUUCUUUGAUAUCUGUAUUAGAAAGUACAGUAUUACAGUAUAAAACCAAAUGCUUAAAUUUGGAACUCAGCAGCCAAUUGUAUAAUAUUCCUCUAAGGCUAAAGCCAAGAUAGUAAUUGGCCAGGCAUGUUAUUAAUGUGUCUUAAUUCAGCACUUUGGGGUUUUAUAUUGAAAUAAGCAUUUCUUUCAAUAUACUUAGAAAAUGAAAAUGGCUUACUGAUAUUUUGGAUUUUGUUAGAGAAUCUAAAAUCUUUACACUUUCAUCUGAAAGACUUUCUAUGUAGACAAACGAUAGGUAGUUAAGAUAAUUAUCUAGACAUUUAAGUUAAAUAGAGGAGAAAUGGAACAAUGGAGCAUUUUUAUCUUUGGCAGGGCAAUAACUAAAGUGUGUAAUGUGUUUACUAUUCUACUUUAUAAAGUUUUUAUCCAAUCCUAGUUUUAAAAUUUAUUCUAUAAGUUCUCAGUGUCUUCCAUUCCGAAGCAGAAAAAUGAUGAAAAUGUUCAAUUUAGAUUUCUAAAAUUAGAUCAUCCUGAACCAACAAUACCAGUCAGAGGGCACUAAAAAGUAUUGUGCAUUUGUAUAAAUACAGAACUUUUAAAGUUUGACUUAAAAAAAAGACUUUGUACUAUAUUAUUGUGUUUUUAUUGGAUUUGUAAUAUUUUUAUAGAAUAUUUUAUAGAACCUGGCAUAAGUGCGAGUUAUUUGAAAAGGUGUCUUUAUUUGUGUCCAGUAGAAUUGAGAGGUUUUUAAUAGAAGUCAUGAGAUUUUGUAUAUCUGCAUUCAAUAUUAAAAAGUGUAUUCUUUUCUAAUACUACUAAGAAUUUUAAUUUCCUUUUGGAAUGUAAAAAGAUAUAGUAUGCAUAAUAAAAGCUCUGGUUCCACCAGUGCCUAAUAUUGAAAAUAUUUUAAAAGUAAGUUUUAAUUGUAAUUAUUUAGUAUACGGUCAAAUACUAUGCAUCUACACACUGCUGUUAAUAGAAUAUAUAUUAAAUUCUAUAAAGAAAUGAGAUAUUUUGCUGCUAUUCUUUUGGCAUAUAUUAUUAGAGCAGUAUACCAUCAAAUUAUUUGCUUUUAUAGGGAAAAAACAAACUUUGCUCAUUUGAUGGAAAUAAAAUAUUUUCUCUUAUGAAAUAUAAUAGAAUGCAAAUUAUACUGAUAUCUUGAAAUGAAAAGAAACUGGUCAUUUCUUUGCUUCAUGAUAUAAGGCAGGGGUCCCCAACCCAUGGGCCACAGACCGGUACAGUCGGGGGCCUGUUAGGAACAGCAGGAGGCGAGCAGCGGGCGAGCGAGCGAAGCUUCGCUGCCGCGACGCACUACCGCCUGAACCAUCGCUCACAUUACCGCCUGAACCAUUGCCACCCGCCUCACCCUGUCCAUGGAAGAAAAGGCUUUCACAAAACCGGUCUCUGGCGCCAAAAAGGUUGGGGACCACUGGUAUAAGGAAUUUGUUCAAAAAUGGUUCUCAGGGACUUCCCUGGUGGUCCAGUGGUUAAGACUCCGUGCUUCCACUGCAGGGGGCCCAGGUUCAAUCCCACAUGACGCGCAGUGAGGCCAAAAAAAAGUGAGGGGGAGGAGAAAAAAUGACUCUCCAUCAUUUCAAUCUCAGAUACGAGCCAGUUUUAGAAACCAGUACUGCUAUGAAUAAAGAGAUAAAAGUUACAAGGCUGCAUUACUAGAUUAGUGUAUAUAUCACUCAUACCACCAGCCCUCAAUUCAAAGGGAAACGGUCAAGACCUACAAGUAAACUGACUAUAGUUGAAUAAAUCAAUUUUCAUUAAGGGAAAAACUCAGUUUUGUAGAAUUCAGUUGUCUCAUAUGUUAAGCUGUCAUAUACAAGGCAUUCUUCCGUUCCUAGGCACCAGUCAGAUCAUUCUUGGUCCAGUAGUGUGCUGGAGCCAGCAUUCACUGGCUUGCAAGAGCCAACUGCAUACAUUUUAUCCCUACUCUGCCUUUAGUGACAUCAAGUUGGUGGCUUGUCAUUGAGUAUGGGGGCAGUAUUUACACUAUAAAAACUGGCAAACACAACAAAUCAGGGCUCUUUUUUCCCAGCAAGCCAGUUGUUAAACACAUGCCAGCACAUCACUGAUUAGCCACUCUAGAGGCCCCAUUUCCAUUUCUACUCCUACAAAUAUAAAGGAAGCAUAUUAAGGGAAAUCCCCAUGGACCCAUCCAGAAACUGUAUUUGAAUCUUUUCCAUGUGGGAACUAUGGACCAUGGGUGUCUUCUGACCACAUAUAUCUCUGUUUAAUCACAUUUUGAUCAGAGAAAAUCUCUCCGGGCUAUCACUAAUCUGCAAAUCCAUUAAAGACUAUCCAGAUGAUCAGGAAAUAAGAAACAGUUACAGAACUGAUAGAGGGCAAAUUACAGCCUAAGUAAAGGUCUGUUGUAAAGUAUUAACCUCAAAAUAAUCAAAGCUAGGUAUUGAGCAAUAAAGGACUGUUUGUUUGGUUUGUGAUUAUUUUGAGUUAUUUUACAAAAGUUUAUUGAUUUCACUUUAUUUUAAAUGUUUUCAUUGCAAACUAAUGGCUUUACAAGGUCAAAGAAGAGAAAAAAAUCAAAUAAGACUUUCAUACCUAUUAGGACUUCUAGUACUGGACUUGACCAAGGAGAAUAUAAACUAAUGUACAAAUUACGGCUUCAGUAUUAUUGCUGGACUUAAGUGUAUUUUGUAAGUCAUAUUUCUCUGCCCAACCCUUAAUUUUUGGUGUUUUGAUGGUUCUCUCAUCUCUCUACACCUUGCCCUGGGCAGUAUCACCACUCCCAUGGCUUCAGUUACCAUUUCACACUAACAGCUCUCCAGUCUACAUCUCCAGUUCAGAGAGUUCCAUACAGAAUAUAAGAUUCAUACAUUCAGUUGCUUGCCCAACAUUUGUACUUGCUUAUCCCUUAGUACCCCAAAUUUAAUAUGUCCAAAAAGGAACUCAACAUCCUUUUCCCAAACUUUUUCUUCUUCCUAUGUUUCCAGUCUCAGCAUGAGACAAAAUCCCCUCCUACACUGCCCGCAUUGUAACCAGUCACCAAGCCCUGCUCUUUUACUUCCUAAAAAUAUCUUUAACCUUUCCACUUCUCUCCAUUCCCAGUAUCACUUAGUCCAUGCCACCAUCCAUAGAUUGCUAUCUCAGAAUCCUCAUUGGUCUCCUGCCUUCGUUUUUCCACUUUAUAAUCAGAAUAAUCUUUCUAAAAUGUGACUCUAAUCUCCUUGGCCUAAAUCUCUUCAAUGGCUUCCUGUUACCAUUAUGAUAAAAUCCUUACUCCUUAAUAUGUUUUACAAGGUCCUUCAUGAACUGGUUCUUACAGACCUCACCUCUCUAUACUUCCAUCUUCUCUUUCCAAGAUUCACUAUACUGAUUUUGUUUUCAGUUGAGUGACGUGUUUCUCCCUCCCAUGACUCUGUGCAUACUUUACCUUCUUUCUUUAACUCCUCCCUACCAAACUGACCAACAUAUCCACGACUGUAAGGCCGCAAUUUAGACAUCGCGUCCCUGGGGAAAACUUCUCUGACUCUUUUAAAUCCAGUUUUGGUACUUCACGUGCUUUCAGAGAACCCUGUAUUUCCCCUAUCAGCAUUUAUCAUGCUAUUGACAUAUUGUAAAAGCUUAUGGUCAGCUUCUUCCAUUAACCAAUAGGCUUCACACCGCAGAAAACAUGUCUCUCGUGUUCAUAACUGCACUGCCUAACAAUGCCUGACAUAUAGUAUGUGCUCAAAAUCUUUGUCAAAUGAAUAAAUCAGCUUCAUCUAUUUAUGCUCUCCCCAGAGUGCAUUAACAGAAGAUCUAGAGUUGGUUGUACUUUAGAGGUUUUUGACUCCAAAAAUGUACUUAUUGUGCAUAGAGUGAUUGAUGUAUAUGUUAUCAUUUAUAAAGUUCAUUCGCUUUUGAUGGAAGAAUAUUGCUGUUAUUUGCAUACAUAUACAGUAUUGCUACUAUAUGCUUGCCUUUUUUAGGAGAAAAUGUAUUUUCAGUGCUGUGCUUGGUGGAAUCACUGUUUCUCCAAAAUGCAUAGGGUCACUCAUGUUACCUGAGUAACAUAUAAAAAAUAUUUCAUAUUUUUCCAGUAUUUUUCAAUAGACCUUUAUUUACUAAACUUUAAUUUUCUAAAAAUCUCAGAAUUGUGAGCAGGAAUUCUCAAGUAUGUAAGCUUGGUAUUUUGGGCUCCAGAAUAAAUACUUUGUUAUUCUUUCUAAUAAAUAAUACUCUUUCACA